AUGUUCGGGUUCGGAUAUAAUUUGCUCUCUAUGAAGGAGAAGGCUAAUAGCUGCUCUGCUGCUGCUAGGGCUGUCGGUAAAGUAGUCGAGUCUCUAUCAGUCUACCCCCUACGUCUCCCGAAAGGGGCCCUAGGUCAUGCCCUUGAGAUAGGGAUUGAGGGCGUUGCCCCGACCAAACUGAAAACAGAAGGUCACACAGGCGUAGAUGGGGACCAAAGGAAUGAGUCUCUUCUGUGCUUUCGGACUGAACCAAGAUGGACCCCCCUAGCCAAGCGAGUUGUUCCGCUUUCCGUCUUUCCUAAAAGCACAUGUUAUCCCACUCGUGACUCUAGCGAGAAAGGCCCCUCAAGUGGUUGA